AGCAGAAGAGGGCGGUAAUGCGCCUCCAAGCUGACUGACACCUGCCCUGAAACAGAGAAGAAGAGGAGGAACACUGCUCUCACGCUUUCAUUCAUCAAAACACAAACUUUUCUCCUUUAUCAGAGACUCUCCUGCCGUGACAAUGCCUGAACUAACCGAGAAGAGGUCUGCGGAUCGCCACAUUGUGCACUGCUUGCGGUGUUACAAGCCUCACAACAACCUCUCCGUUCACCUGGCCAGGGUGUGCAUGAAGACCAGCACAUCCGAGGAGCGCGUGGAAGAGCUGCAGAAGGCCAAGGCUUCCAGCAAGGAGUGGACCCGUAACAACAGGACCUGGACGUACGGGCAGCUCUGUGAGCUCCUGCCCCACAGACGCUCUCGGAUCACCCUGGUCAAGGAGCUUCUUCAGCAUGGGUUCUUCAUCUUGAACCUGCCGCAGGAGUCAGAGAUGGUCCUGGAGCCUGAAGAUGAUGCUGCUGCUGCCACCGUCACAUCCUCCAGAGAUCCUCCAACCACACUCCCCUCUGAGAGGAUAAAGAUGAGGGAGGCUGGUCUGCAUCGCAGGUUCCCUGUGAAAACCAAGUUCCUGCUGGGAUUUAAAGAGUACCUGAUGAAGACACUGAAGGUGCCCAACAUGCAGCAGGAGGUUGACAGCGUGUCCCGUUUCCUGCGGUACAUGCAGCCCUCCGGGAGUAAGCUGUCUCUGGACUUCCUCUCCAAGAGCACGGAGACCCGGGACUUCCUGAUGACCCUGCGGCGCGCGGACGUGCGAUCAGCCUCCAUCCUCAGCUACGUCAAGAGCAUUAAACGGUUCUUGGAGUACUUGACGGCAAGGCGGGAUCUGCGGAGAAAAAUCCCACAGCUCCGGAAAAAAUGCAGGAGAUACGCCAACAUGCUGAGGACUCUGCGGAAGACCGUAUCCAAGACCAAUGAGGAGAACACCUGCGACUCCAGACGGUGUGCUGAGGACGCUCCCAGCAUCAAAGAUUGCCAGCAGAUCCUGCAGGUGGCAAAGCCGGACUUCUUCCUGCUCCACGGGUAUCUGGUGGGGGGGAAAGUGCUUUCAAACACCGAUAUGACACUCUACCGGUAUUAUUGCGAGGCGCUCCUGGUCUACCGUCACAUGCAGCGUCCCGGAGCUGUAGAAGGACUGACUGAUGCAGACUGGGUGGAGCGGGUCUCGCAGGGUGGCAGGGUGGUGAUCGGCGUGAGGAGAGAGAAAACUGCCAGUGUACAGAUCGCCCUGACGAAAGAGGAGGAAGCUUGUCUGCAGCUCUACUUCAGGCAGAUCCGGCCUAAGAACAUUGGGCUGGAGAAAUUCUGCCGGGGUUUUUUUGUUUCAUCGUCCAGCGAUACAGUCCAUAGUGUGUCCCAGGACAUGAACCGACUACACGAGAUUUAUAAGCUGGCCCCUUUCACGAGCCAGGACGUGAGGAGGGCUGCUGGGAAGGCGGCGCAGAAGCUCCCGGCACCACAACAGGAGGCUGUGAACCAGUACCUGGCCCAUAGCGCUGGUGCGGCCCAGCAGGACCGGACGCCGCAGGAUGUGGUGGACGCAGCGGAGCUGCUGGACUCGUUGGCUGGCACUUCUUCAGACGACAACACCUUCCUAGCUGAACUGGGCACGGCUGUUUCCAGCUCGCGGAAAGAUUUCUGCGCUUUCGUGACCAGAUUCCCCGUGUCUCUGGAGGGCCAGCCACCCAACAAAAGACAGCGGGUCGAUUCGGGCUUUCCUGAAGACCGCGUCUUUUACGACAAGUGGCGAGCCACCCAGUACGCCCAGAGAGAGGAGUACCUGCUGUCACGCUUCACACACCGCAAGCCUUCGGCCGCAAAGGUGGCGAGGCUGAUCGCGCAGGAGGGGUGGAAGGCCAACCAUCCCAAGCCUGAAGAGAUCGAGCGCUUGUGGAGACCGCCUCCCAGCGGCAACAUUGAGACCAAUGAGGUCAUAAUAAAAUGUGUGUCAGAGCAGACCUGGACAGGCCUGGCCAUCAAAGACUUCGGUGCCGAGGAAGGUCUAGGAGUGGUUGCGACCCGACCGAUUUCCAAAGGCGACAUCGUGUGUGACUAUCACGGGAAGGUGAUCCCAGCAGCCGAAGGGAUGGCCAUGAUUCAGGGCCUUCAUGACCGGGCCAGGAACCUGUUCUUCUUCAGAGCCGGACAGAGAGACCUGUGCGUCGACGCUCACACCGUCCCCUGCGAGUGCCACCCCGACACGGACACCGUGGGCAGAAGGAUCAAACGCUCCUCCACGAGGCCCAACCUGGAGCCCUUCCACUGCGUGCUGAAGCUGAACGGAGCGGAGCGGGACGUCAUCCUCCUCACAGCGCUGCGGGACAUCAGCGUCGACACGCAGCUGCAGUUUUACUCUGGAGUGGUCAGGAGGUCCUUCCUUGGCCUGGAUCUGGACUGGCUGGAUGAGUAGGUCGUGUUCACGGGUCCAGCAGCCUGAAGAACCCAAAUCACGCUGAGCUUCAUCAAAACCUGUCUCAGCACGCCUGUCUGGAGCAACGGCACGGUUUAGUCUUCACAGUGACCUUUGACAUUUGUGUGAUGAUCGCUGCCGGCCGUGACGGAAAACUGUGGUGUGGAGGAGGAAAACGGAGGCAGUGUUAGUAAAAAGUUAUUUAAGUUGGGCACAGGCUCACCGUGGAGCUGCUACCGCAGGAACAUGGAGCGACAGGCGAUCAGUGAGAGGACCAAACCAGCUACACUUAAAACUGGACCGGACCUCAAAAAUGAACUGAUUUCUGCAGUGAGCCGCGCAGGACCGUUUGUGUUCAUGUUCGAGAGUUUCAACGCUAGAUGACCAUGUUGGAUUCUGGGAGUCCUGUUAUCUCGGAUCAGUUCACGGGACAUUCGAAGACAGGAUCUGCUGCACAGUUUCAGUACCUGAAGCAUCUAUUUCCAUUGGUAUGGAUGGACCUGAAGUUCCUCAAUCAUCUCCAGCAAGAACGUGCUGAAGUACAUGGAGGUCAGCAGCUGUGGACGUCACAUGCUACAUGAUUCAUUCAGGACUGGCCACAUGAGUAUUGAGAACCUGUUGAGAUCAGUGCAGUUUUAUUUUCACAAUGACCCUUCAACACGAGAAGAUCAGACUAAACUGACUGCCUCAUCUCCAUCCACUCCCAUGCUAUCUAACCAAUCAUUUCUUA